AUGUCGCAAUCCGUAGCUACCGAAAAAGUCAAAACAAAGUCGGUGAACUCGCAAGACAUUGUGAUCGCCGUCAUGGGCCCGACUGGCGCAGGAAAGAGUACAUUCAUCAGCUACGCCUGCAGGAAAGCUAGCAAGGACCUCAUCGGCCACAACCUGGAGUCGUGCACUUCGAAGGUGCAGCCUAUCAGAAUCACAACAGGCACGCACAACGUCAUCUUGGUCGAUACGCCCGGAUUCGACGAUACAAACAUGUCUGAUACUAGGGUUCUGGGAAUGAUAGCUGAUUGGCUUCUGGAAACGUACAACAAUCAGGUCAAGCUGGCGGGGAUCAUUUACAUGCAUCGUAUUUCGGACAACCGUAUGGCUGGGACACCGCUGAAGAACCUGAAGAUGUUUGCUCAGUUGUGCGGGACUGCCGCUGCGGACAGGGUCAUUCUCGUUACGACGAUGUGGGGCCGCGUAAAACAAGACGUCGGGGCCAAAAGAGAAGACGAGCUCAAGAGCAAGUUCUGGAAAGACAUGAUCGACAAGAAGGCCAAGGUUGCUCGCUUCGAGGCUAGCUUCGACUCGGCAUGGGCUAUUAUCGGGAGGGUGUACGAGCCACUAGAAAGGGAAGCAGUGCUCCUCCAGGAAGAGCUUGCUGACCUUCAAAAGAAGUUGAGCGAGACCGGGGCAGGCAAGACGCUGUAUAACACGCUCCAGAAACAGCUCGACGAGGAGAAGAGGUUGUUGAAGGAGCUGUACGACGAGGCGGAGAGGCAAGACAAUCCGACGUUGGCGGCGGAUUUGAAGAAUCAAUACGAGCAAGUGCGACAACAACUCGAGGUGACUUUUAAAGAGGUAGCAUCCUUGAAGAUUCCGUUUGGUCGGCGAAUCAUGCAGUUCUUCUUCUCCAAGAAGGCCAGAUCCAAUCCUCUCAAGAUAUUUAAUUUUUAG